GGGACAAAAGUGUGGAAGGUUUUGUAUUCUGUGUGGUGUGUUCUGUGCUUUCAGGUCAGACAUCUGAGCCUCCAGGGUCUAUAUAAUACUCUACAGGUGACUUGUUCCAGGUAAAGUCAUUUGCCAGGCCAAUGGUGUAACCAGUGUGAACUACUCAAAAGAAGACAAACUGUCCUGAAGCGCCGGCACUCAGCAGCUGUGAGCUGGAGCCAGAGCAGAAUUCCCUGUGAGCCACAAGAACAAAGCAUCUGUAUGAACUGGUUCUUCACACUCCUGCCUUCAUCUGAAGAAGGAUCAUGCAAUUUCUUUUACUGAGUAGCAGAAAGGAGAGCUCAUUCUGCUGCUGGAAGAAUCAGUGUUUUAUCCCAGUUGGCUCCAGGAUGUCCUUUCUGGAAGUCUUGCUCUGUGUCCUGUUCCUGGCCAGCGGAUCCCUGGGUGAAAAAGGAGCUCUAAAACCCAACUGCAGUGGAGUUGAGGACUUUGAGGCCUGCCUGGGUAACACAACUCAGUUCUGUCCUAGUGAUUUUCCUUGUGUGUGUAAAAAUGAAGAACCCUUCUGCAGAUGUAGUUACUUCAGAGUGGGCUGGAAGGACUACUGGUACAUGGGCCCCAAAUGUAACCACCUUUGGAACACUCUAGAUUUCAUUUUAGUGGCUACUGUUCCUGCAGUAACACUGGUUAUCAUAGUGACUGUAAUAUUUUCCUGUUUCUACUGCUGUAAAAGUGAAAAACCUGGGAAGCAGCCAAACUCUCCCUACCUUGAGGCCCAGCACAACCCUGCCUUCAGUGCUGACACACCCGCCCACCUGGGGCACAGGUACCCACAGCCACCCAGGGAUCAGGAUGGCCGGGGUGGACAAAUUCCGAAAACUUCACUGAGAAGACAAGAUUUUGAUGAAAUCUCAAUCCCAAGCCAAAGAGGGAAUUACAGUUCCAUGUAUUCUCAGCCCCCGAGGAGACCAGAUCCAACCACAGACCGCUUCUCUCUGCCCAGGCCCCAGUGGGAAGGAUUUGACUAUCCCAGAAGGAAUUUGCCUCCUGCAGAUUAUGCAGGGGGCAGACAAUAUCAGAGAUACUAAGAACAAGUGCUCUCUAUAUCAGAAAUACCUUGGAAUGCUGCUGAUCACUGGGUAAUCCAGAUGCUGAGAGAGCAGUGAGACCCUGUGGACACAGAGGAAUUGGCCAUCGCUAUUAGAAAGCACUAAAAGUUAUUGCAAAGAAAAGGUACAGAAGAUAAUUACAAACCAAAACAUGAUAUUACAUGAUCUUAGCACCUGAUUGUUUACUCUGUAAUUGGUGACAACUCUUUGUGAACGCCUGACAUGACAGUUCCAGAGCUGCUGCUCAGUAUUGCUGAGGUGGUUGCACAUCUGUUGGGACACAGGUUCUUUGGGAUUAACCUUGUGCCCUGUGCCUAAAUGACAAGGAGUCCCUGUCACAAGAAGCUGCCUCAGAAGACACUCAUGCUGUUUACAGGGCCAUGAAUUUCUCUUAGCUCUAAUUUUGAAGAUUCUUCAGGGCAUUGUAGCAAGUAGAGCCUGCUGUACCCUGACUGACAUUGCUUUGCUUUUCCCCUUAAAGGCCAAUAUUUAAA